GGAAUACCUUCAAGCAAGCUUUCUUGGCUCGAUUCGAUACAGUCAGUGAAGAUGCCGCCUGGUACGUGCUCAAAACUCGGCCACAAGGACCAGGAGAAUUGCUGCCCGAUUUUGUGGAUCGAUUUCAAACCACGUUGGAUAAAUCUGGGCGAGAUGAGAAAUCCGCUCGAGACAUCGAUCACCUACGAAGUCCGGCAAGUGCUGAGCGUGCAGGAUAAUGAUAUCGGCUUUACUAACGUGAUCGAGCAUGUCAUCCUCACAGGAGAACAUCCGCCCAUCAGCUGCGCUCCUUACCGAUACUCGCCAGCUCAAAGAGCGGCCGCUUUUCAGCGGAUUAACGAGUUCGAAGCUAAUGGAUGGAUUGAACCCGCUAUAGGUCCAUGGUCUUUUCCUGUAGUAAUCGUGCCUAAAAAGGCCGGAGGGAUUCGUAUUUGCAUUGAUUAUCGAAAAUUGAAUGAUAUCACGAUCAAGGAUGUGUACCCCCUUCCCCAUAUUGACGAGUUGUUGGAUGUGAUUGGGAGUGCUCGAUUUUUCAGUAAGUUUGAUGUUCGCCACGGGUUCCAUCAUCUUCUUGUCCGAGAAGAAGAUCGUCCGAAAACGGCGUUUGUGCUUUUCGAGGGCAUGUGUCAGUGGAUUCGAUGUCCGAUGGGUAUCUGCAACGCCCCCGCGACCUUUCAGCGAGCCAUAAAUAUGGUUUUUCAGAAUUUCGUGCGGAAGACACGUUUGGCACAGAGCAUCAUCAACUACUACGUGAUUGUGUACAUGGAUGACAUUCUGGUGUACUCAAGUUCCUAUGAGGGACACGUGCAGCACAUCGAAUGGGCGCUGCAUGCGUUACGAGAUGCGGGCUUCAAGGUGGCGUUUGAGAAGUGCCAGUUUUUCCUUAGCACCAUUUCCUUCUUAGGAUACGUGGUAACAGACAAGGGGCUCCAACUGGAGCUGCAGAAGGUGGCAGCUGUCAGAGAUGCGCCCGUGCCUACGACUAUCACGCAAGUUCGUGCCUGUUUGGGCCUGGCCUCGUACUACCGGAGAUUUAUAAAGGGCUUUGCGGCGAUCGCGGGACCCCUCACGAAUCUGAUGCGUAAGGAUCAGCCGUUGAUUUGGACGCCGGAGUGUGAUCAGACGUUUUCGAAACUCAAGGCUGCUCUCAUUUCGGCUCCGGUCCUUAUAAGGCCGGAUCCCGAAAAGCCUUUCAUCCUCAUUACUGACUGGCAGCCAGAGGCAAUUUCGGCGAUCCUGGCCCAGGCGGGACCAAGUGGACUCGAGAGCGUGGUGGAGUAUGCGUCCAAAUCGGUGCUCGCCUGCAAGCGCAACUACGCUGCUCCAACGGGGGAAUGCUACGCGGCACUCUGGGGAAUCAGCCACUUCCGUGCUUACCUAUACGGGCGGAAGUUCACCUUGGUAACCGAUCAUGAGCCCCUGUUGGCUCUGAAGAAAUCGAAGGAUUACUCUGGCAUGAUCGGGCGAUGGGCAAUGGUGCUACAGAGCAUGGACUUUGACAUUCGUCAUCGGAAGCACGAGAGACAUGGGAAUGCGGACGAACUGACACGACUGCACCGGCCUGAGAAAGUUCCGAAAAGUGAGGAGGUGAUUCCGUGGAACGAACCCGAACAGGAGGUGACGUGGACGUUGACCAGCGAGCAUCCUGCAUGGAUCGAAAAUUUGGAGCUGCUGAUCAUACAAGCUUGGAGGACUAAUGUCGAGGGCGAUCUUCUCGGCUUUCUCUUUGGAUCGGUACUCAUGCAAUUGGCGGACGAUCUCUCGCCCGACAUCUUUUCGCAAAGUGACGACAGCCCCGCUCCGUACAUUCUCGAGCGGUCAUUGGAUCCGUACCUACAGUGGACUGGGUGCUUGGAGGAGCCCAGGGACGAAGAUACGCUACCAUCACGGCAGGAGUAUCUGAAGCCUUACAACAUCAUCCCUCACGCCUUCUAUCCGAAGGCGGAGGAAGUGGUGAUCGACGACGACGCAGAAGACGACGAUGAGGAAACGUCGGAGGAAGGAAGCUAUAGCGAGUAUAGCGAGGGCGAGUUGAGUGAAGAAGAGAAGGAAGAAGAAACCGGGUCUGAGUGGGAAGCCUUGCCGGAGAAAGCGGCGCGUACUGGCAUGGAGGCGGAAGAUCCUGAGGCCGCACGCAAGCGGGAAGAAAUUGCCACCGGGAAGCGCCAGCUGGAGUUAGCCAGCGGAGCAAGCUUGCACAUCGGGGACGAUCCGACCAGGGAUCCGGAGCCGCCGAAGCCCGAAGAUUGCGACUCAGCAGCCGCCACCCCAAGCGUCGCGCGACGGAGACGAAGCCGAUCCCCCUCCUCCUCCAGCCCCACCCGUCCCCCAGUUCGCCCAUGUACCGAUGCAGGCGAUAGGCCUUCGUCCUCGAACGUUAUCCCGCCGUCCCCUUGAUUUUCUCACCCUCGAACAGA